UACAGUUACAAACAAAUGUUGCUUUGUGUCGGACGCCGUAAAUCUACGUGUUCAUGUUUAAUUAAUUAAGUCAGUAGUCUGUUCUUCAUAGCUGAGCUAGUUUACACUUGUUAUACUUAAAAUGAAAUAAAUAUGUAUUUGAAGUUUGGAGAAAACAUGAUAAAGAGUUUUAGUGCAGUUUUGUGCAGCAACAAAGAAUAGAGCUUAUAUAACGAUCACGUAUCAAGAUGCUUGCGGAAUUAAUUGGAAUUUUUAUCGUUAUCCUGAGCAUUGUGUACAUUUAUUAUAAAUAUGUGAUAUUUAAUUUCUGGCGUAAGAGAGGUGUCUUUUAUAUCGAACCCGUUGUUCCAAUUGGAAAUAUAGCACCUCUUGUAAUUGGGAAAUCUCAAAUAGGUGUAUUUUUCCAUGAUAUAUAUUUAAAAUAUAAGGAUCAUCCGGUUUUUGGAACGUAUUCACUUUUUAAACCAAAUUUGGUAGUCGCCGAUCUUGAUCUUAUUCGAACGCUGUUGAUAAAAGAAUUUAAGUCUUUUCAUGAUCGUGGAGCGUAUUGUAACGAAAAGGUUGAUCCAUUAACCGGCAAUUUAUUUCUUAUGCCUGGAAAAAGAUGGCGAAAUAUGCGCUUCAAGUUGACACCAACAUUUACUUCAAGAAAAAUAAAGCAGAUGUUUUUUAUCCUGAAGGAGUGCAGCGAAGAACUCGUAAAGCAUCUGGAGAGUAAAGCUCAAGUAAGAGAGUCCGUCGAAAUAAAAGAUAUAAUUGGAAGAUUCAUGACAGACGUAAUUAUGUCAACGGCGUUCGGUGUCAAAUCUAACUGUAUUGAGGAACCAAAUAAUGAGUAUCGAGUUCAAGGAAAAAAAAUUUUUAAUUUAAGUUCUAUUAAGAUAGCUAUGACUUUUUGUGUACCGCAAAUUAUGGACUUCUUUUCUAUUCCCUUAUUGCCACGAUCUGUUACCAACUUUUAUAUGAAUAUGUUUCGAGAAAAUGUAGAAAAUAGGAAAGCUAAUCACAUCGUCAGACAUGACUUCAUGAAUUUGCUUAUUCAACUUAUGGAAAGAGGUUUUGUUGAUCCCGAAGAUAACAAAACGAUUAUUAACGAAUCAUCAGCCAUAAACAAACUUACCAUGACAGAAGCUACUGCGCAAAGUUUUGCGUUCUUCGGAGCUGGCUUCGAAACUUCCUCGUCGACAGUAACAUUUGCAUUAUACGAAUUAUCUCAGUACCAAGAUAUACAAGAUAAAACUCGUAACGAAAUUGAUGAAGUUUUAGCAAAGCAUGGUGAAUUGACCUAUGAUGCUGUAAACGACAUGACAUAUCUUCAAAAAGUGAUAAGUGAAACUUUGAGGAAAUAUCCACCUAUUCCUAUCUUGAAUCGAGUUUGCACUGAAGAAAUAGAGCUACCGAACAUUCGCAUACCGAAGGGGACAUUAAUAACUAUACCGCUGCUUGGGCUGCAUCGAGAUCCGUCGAUAUACCCAAACCCGGAGAAAUUUGAUCCUGAGCGCUUCAACGCCGACGAAAUAAAAAAAAGGCAUCCUUACGCCUAUAUGCCAUUCGGGGAAGGCCCACGAAACUGCAUUGGUUUACGAUUUGGCUAUAUGCAAACGAAGGUUGCACUCGUGAGUCUUCUGUCGAAAUACAAAUUUAAACUUCAUUCCCGGACUUCAGUUCCGCUUCAUUUCAUUGAAGGAUCUUUCGUUCUCGAUGCGAAAAGUGGUGUGCAUCUUAUUAUCGAGCCACGAUGAAAUUAUGACCUUCUUGCGUAAAAACUACUUUUCUUGGUUUAUUAAAAGAAUGCAAAACGUUUGUCAAAAGUAAAGAUCAGAUAAUGAAAAAUUCACUUAAUAUGU